GAUGCACGCAGGCAUCGGAGCCAAUGAGACCGGACCCGGCGGUUACAGCCGCCGAGCGGUCAGGCGCAAGCUGCUGAAGCGCAAGCUUCGACGGCAAUUGACCGCCAACAAGUGGAAGCAAGAGAAGAAGAGACGCACCAGCACGACGAGUACGACAACCAUGGCCACAACCACUAGCGCGACAGCAAUCACCAACGCCAGGACCAGGACAUUUUCAGCUGGCGUAGGAAUUACGUGUGCGCUGAACCAGGAAGGCUUCCCCCAGUGCUUUGGAAAUCCUGUCACGAUUGGUGAAGUGCCACAGGUCAAGCUCAGUGAAGUCGCCUGCUUGGACUUCUGCUGCGGUGUGAAGCAGUUGGACAGCAGACCCAUUUGUUGGGGGGGGCAAACAACACCAAGUUCUGCACUUAACAUUCCAGCAGUUGCCGUCAAGGGCAUAAGCGUCAGGAUCUUUCAAGCCUGCGCGCUGAACGAAGACGAUGAAGCAUUUUGCUGGGGCUUGGAGGAAAAUGAACAGCUGGAGAUUCCACCGAUCAAGCUGACGGAAAUUGCAGCCUUUGACGCAGACGUAGGAGUAGGAGGUGACAAUGAGAACUUUGCUUGCGGAAUCCAACAGUCCGAUGGACUGCCAAGCUGCUGGGGUAGCAGCGGCAGCACCAGCAGCCGGACCGACACCACCGCGAUCGAAACCCCCCUUUCGGCUAUUUCAUCCACGGGAGUUGGGACUUGCGGCAUGCGCCAGUCGGACGGUACAGUAGUGUGCUGGGGUGAGCCUCAAAUCCAGGACUGGGGGAUACCAGCGGAGCUGCCCUUCAAGCAGAUAUCCAUUGGGAUUGGUUUAUGCGGCAUCCAAGCUGUAGACGACAAAGUCGCCUGUUUUGGAGUUUUGCCUUUUCUUGGCUUGCCCGAAUCGGAAGAAGGCUUCACAGAAAUAUCACUGGGGUUCUUCCAUGCGUGCGGCCGGACGCUUUCCGGAGUCUUGGAGUGCUGGGGUGUCGGGCUGAAUGGUGAGACCUCUGUACCCCCGGAAUUGAACGCCUAG